GAUUUUACAGAUUGCAGUCUUCACUUGAGACUGAUGAGUGGCAGGUCAUGCUAAAUUUAAUAAAGGUGACAGAAAACUAAUGCUUCAACAUAAUGUUAAAGGAUGACAGACGAAAAACGCCGGCAGUAUUUCCAGCGCACAUGCCUCUUGGUCUUCUUGGCAUUAGUGAUGUUUACUAUCAUCCAGAUAGUCAUCCAGAGAGAAAACAUCAGGCCACUACAGGACUUACAGAUGCGUUCGGAGCUCCGUACGGGUGAGGGCCCCAAUCCCAUUUCUGUGAACCUCUGGAACAAGAGUAUGGAAAGACCAGCAGUGCCCACAACCUGGGAUAUCAUCAGAUCCAACUGCCGUGCCAACCCUAAUCUCUCAUCCCAAGAGUGGUUCAUGAAUCUUGAAUCCAAUUUCCAGCAAUUUAUGCUUUACAGGCAUUGCCGAUACUUUCCUAUGCUAAUAAAUCACCCGGAGAAGUGUGCUGGAGACAUCGACUUGUUGAUCGUCAUCAAGUCGGUGAUAACGCAACAUGACCGGAGAGAGGUGAUAAGGCAAACGUGGGGCAAAGAGCAGACAGUCGGCGGGAAAAGGAUCAAGACCGUUUUUCUUCUCGGGGUGUCUUCCAAUCAAGAAGAGAGAGCCAACCAUCAAAAACUUCUGGAAUAUGAGGAUCAAAUUUAUGGGGACAUCCUCCAGUGGGACUUCAUGGAUAGUUUCUUCAACCUCACCCUAAAGGAGAUUCACUUCUUGAAAUGGUUCUCCAUGUACUGCAGAAAUGCCCGGCACAUCUUCAAAGGAGACGACGACGUGUUUGUCAGCAUUUCCAACAUCUUUGAAUAUCUGGAGGGAAGCAAAAACGUGAAAGACCUCUUUGUUGGUGAUGUUCUUUUUAGUGCCAAGCCCAUUCGCCAAAAUAAUAGCAAGUAUUACAUUCCCCAAGUCUUGUAUCAAAAGAAAAGCUACCCGCCGUAUGCUAGUGGAGGAGGUUUCCUGAUGGAUGGCCCCCUUGCACGUAAACUUUACAAAGCAUGUGAAACUGUUGAACUUUAUCCCAUCGACGAUGUGUUUCUUGGGAUGUGUCUAGAAGUGCUUAACGUAACCCUAAUUCAACACUAUGCUUUCAAAACUUUUGGGAUUGUAAGCAAGGAAACUAGUCAGAUGAAUCGGGAUCCGUGCUUUUAUAGGAACUUGAUAGUGGUACAUAAAUUGCUCCCACCUGAUCUGAUCAACAUGUGGAAGAUGGUCAAUAGUGACUCAAUAGAUUGUUCGCUGAAAUAUAAUUUCUUAAAAUCACAAGAUAUGUUCUGGCAAAAAAAGAACAUUCAACAAAAAUAGUGUAAUACUGGAUGAUAAAUAAUCAACUUUAAGUUUAUUCAUGAAGAGUCACUGUAAAACAAUUAAAUCUCAGGUGGAGUUGCUAACCCAAAUUUGACCCUCAGGUUGAACUGGUUACAGACAUGAAACUCUUUGUGCUCCUAAUCUCUUCAUCACAAAGGCUUUUGCACUGUUAGCCUUCAGGCUAACAUCUUUGGGUAUCUGCUGAAAUAUGUUACGUAAUGUAUAAAUAAUAUGUGGUUCUAAGAUUGUUAUUUUAUAUUCAUGUUUAGUAUUAUUUUAAAUGUCAUGGUGCGAUGAGUAAAAAGGUCUCAUUUCUAUAAGUCUAAGAUAAGAUGGAUCAAGGUUUUAGAACUUAGGAUAGAAGAUGCAUUUCUUGUAGAGGUGGGGUUUUGCCAGGAUACUUCUGGCUAGUUUGACCAGGUGUUCUUUAAGGUCACUUGGUACAGAUCAAACUGGAUUUUUGUAGUUUUACGAUGUCUUUGUCUCAAGCUGUGUAUAAAAGAUGGCCUGGCAAAAUAUUCUGGGAGACAUUCUGUUCAGAAGCUCCCACACUAUGGGCCCUAUCUUGCACCCAGCGCAAUUGACUUUGUCAGUGACGCAUGUAUCAUUCGUAUUUUGCACCGGCGCACAGCGGGUUUUUCCCUCCACACAUGCACGUCGACAAACUAGGGAAUGAACUUGCGCUC